UUGUACCCAGAGGCAGAGGAGCAAAAGGGGGUUGGACCCUCAUGGUGGAGGCGUUGCGAGAGAUGGAGUCUAUUUCAAGCAGGCAAGUGAGACAAAAGGACAAGGACAAAUUUUGGAUACCCAUGCUGGGAAAAUCCUUUGCGGAGGUGGUCAAACAGAACCGCAGCACCGGAGAAGAGGUGGCUAGGGUGAAAGUGGAUAACAGAGCUUUAUGUGUGAACUUGGAGAAGCUGACCCAUUGCCUUGUCGGUUGCUGGAACCCAAUGCUAGGAGGGGGGGAAGAUUUAAGAAGCCGGGGGACCCAAAUGGCAAAAUUGUGGGGGCUAAAGGGCAAUUUAGGCUUGGCCAAACUGGAAGACGGCAAGGCAUUACUGGAAUUUGAGAUGAUAACAGAAGCUGAGAAAGCCCUAGAUGAUGGGGAAAUAUCGGUCGGUGGCUUCGUCAUGAGACUGGAGAAAUGGAGCCAAAGGAUGGGAUGUUUGAUGGAGGAAGAGAAAGAAAGAGAGGCCUGGGUAAGGAUUGUGGGUCUUCCCAUUUCUUUAUGGAAUCGGGACACUCUGAGCAAGAUAGGAGAGGGGUACGGGGGUUUUUUGGACAUAGAUGUUAAAACGGAGAGGAUGGAAGAGUUACAGUGGGCUAGAAUUCGGGUAAGGAUAAAAGAGGGGAAAAUCCCUAAUAUGGUGGAAAUAUGGGUCGAGAAUAUAUGCUAUUCCCUUACCCUGUGGUGGGAGACUAGGCCGACGCUGCGAGUGAUGCAGACCGUCGAGAAAGGAAAACCCCUUGUAACAGAUGGAGAGGUAGAGGGUGAGUUCCAGCCACGCGAGGGCAAGCGCGUGAGGGAGGCCGAAGAGGGCUCGAGGCUCGAGGAGCAGACGCAGUCUGCGGAUGGGACGCGAAGGUUGACUUCUGGGUCGGGGCGACCCAUGGAGUGCUAUCGUGGGCUUGGUGGGCCGCAGUUAAGGCCCCAGGGAGUGUGGAUUAUGCAGAGCGGGCCUUUAGAGAUGGGCUUCUUGGUGAAGCCUCGUGGGUCUGAGGGCAUUAACCCAUCCUCCUCCUCUGUGGACUCUUUUGGGCCAAAGGAGAAGGGGGACUUCAGACGGACCAAGGCCUGGAAGCCCACGGUGGAUGCAGGACUGGUAGCCGAUGGUCAAAGCCCCGUGAGGGAGCCUAGUGACCAAUUUGUUGAGGCCCAAAGUUGCGGCCCAAGCCACUCGGGAAGCCCACUCUCUGAAUUUUCUCUGUUUUGGGAGAAGGAUGGGUUGCGCAGGCUGAGCGAGGCAGAGAUCCUCCACAUAGAGCGAACGAAGACUGAUCUCGCCCUUGUAGAGGAAGCGACGAGGUAUGAUAUUGUCCCAUUUCAGUCCGAUUGGUUGAUCCCUGAGCCUCUUUCUUCCCCUUCUCCUUUUUUCGGUCGGACUCUAGUGGGGGAGUAUUGCGACCUUUCUGGGCCUGAAGAGAAGCAUGACGAGGGUGAAAAUCCGCUUCAAAUGCUCAUGGGCAUGGAACCCCCCUUGAGUGAGAUUAUCGAAUGCUGGGAUUUGGUGGAGGUCAACAAAAGUAGAACUGAUGAUAAUGGAAAGGAAUUGGGCUCUGAUCAAAUAGUGCCACGAGUAAAUAAGGCAGGGGGGAGCUUAGCUGGGAGAAGAGCGAUUUGGCCAAGUUUAGUAAUUUCUUGGGGUUUUCGACAGAAGGUCUGGAGAAGGACAUUAUGGAAUUCCUGGUUAAAAUUCGUAAGAGAAGGGAAAGAGUUCAUAGCAAGACCAUUCUGGAGAAAUCCAAAUUUGAGAGAGAAUUGAAAAGAUUAGAGUGUUCCAUUAACUAUGAAGGGGGGAAGAAGCAAAAUGAUGGUGGGCAAGUAAGGGGGUGCCAAAUUACGGAAUUUAAAUGAAGCUAAGAAUCCUAAGUUGGAAUGUUCGUGGAGCCAAUGACAGCUCCAAAAGAAGGGUUAUUAAGGCAGUGAUCAGAAGUCAGAGGGUGGAUCUUUUUUGUCUUCAGGAGACCAAAAUACAGACUUUGUCGGAGGGUUUGGUGAGAAGUUUGGGUUCUGGUAGGUGGUCUAAUUGGGCGGCUUUAGACGCCUUGGGCUCUGCGGGAGGGAUUCUGGUGUGUUGGGAUAAAAGGUCUCUGGAGGUGAUGGAGACGGAGGUGGGGAAAUUUUCAGUCACCUGUAGAUUAGGAAUGUGGAAGAUGGGAUGACCUGGAUAUUUACUGGUGUGUAUGGGCCUUUCUCCAAAGAAGACAGAGAUUGCUUGUGGGAAGAGCUAGGGGCGAUUAGAGGCUUGUGGGAAGAUCCAUGGUGUUUAGGGGGGACUUCAAUGUCAUCUUGUCCCAGCGAGAAAGGAGUAGACAGGGAAGGUUGUCUGGUGCCAUGAGAAGUUUUGCCCAAACUGUUGAUGAUUUAGAACUCAUUGAUCUUCCUAUGCAAGGGGGUAUUGCCACUUAGAGUGGGGGCAGGAAUAACCAAUCCUGGGCUAGACUAGAUAGGUUUCUUGUGACUCAGCAGUGGCUAGAUAUGUUCAGUGGGGUAGCCCAAUGCAGAAUGCAUAGACCCACUUCCGAUCACUUUCCUAUCUUGCUGAUGGGUGGGGGGAUAAGGAGGGGCCCCACUCCGUUUAGAUUCGAGAAUAUGUGGCUGAAAGUGGACGGCUUUAAUGGUCUUCUCCGGGUGUGGUGGCAAGGGAUUGAGGUGAGAGGAAGGGUCAGCUUCAGAUUGGCCUAUAAGAUGAAGGUUUUGAAACAUAAUAUUAAAGUUUGGAAUAGGGAGGUGUUUGGAAGGUUGGAAGUCAACAAAAGUUCUGCCCUUCAGCAUCUGGAGUACUGGGAUGGAGUGGAGAGUGAGAGGAGCCUGUCUAUAGUUGAAACUGAGCAGAAAAAAGAAGCUAAGGAUGCCUUCUAUAAAUGGGUGCUAAUGGAAGAAGUUCAUUGGAGGCAGAAGUCUAGGGAGCUGUGGCUCAAGGAAGGGGAUAGGAAUACCGGUUAUUUUCACCGUAUGGCUAAUGCCCACCGCAAGAAUAACUCCCUGGACAGGAUUAUGAUUAAUGGGGAGCUGCUGACCGAGGAUCAAGAGGUGAGGGAUGGGAUAGUGAAUGCAUUCCAGAAAUUACUCUCAGAAGAGCCGGGGUGGAGAGCGGAUAUUGAGGGGCUGCAGCUCAAUCAACUUAAUUCCCGAGAAGCUGAAGACUUGGAGAUGCCUUUCUCUGAGGAGGAAAUCCAUUUUGCAUUGAUGGAGAUGAGGGGAGACAAAUCUCCAGGCCUGGAUGGCUUCACAGUGGCCUUUUGGCAAGAUUGCUGGGAUUUUGUGAAGGAGGAGGUGGUGGAUCUGUUUAAGGAAUUCUUUGAGCAUGGGUCCUUUGCCAAGUCUCUCAACACCACCUUUUUGGUCCUUAUUCCUAAGAAAGGAGGAGCUGAAGACUUGGGGGACUUUAGGCCAAUCAGUUUGCUUGGGGGUUUGUAUAAACUUUUAGCCAAAGUCCUAGCAAAUAGGCUAAAGAAAGUGCUGGAUAGGGUGGUCUCAGUUGACCAAAAUGCCUUUGUGAGAGGGAGACAGAUUUUGGAUGCUUCUCUAGUAGCUAAUGAGGUGAUUGAUUAUUGGUAUAAAAGAAAAGAGAAAGGGUUGAUAUGCAAGUUGGACAUCGAAAAAGCCUAUGAUAGCAUCAACUGGAAGUUUCUUAUGAAGGUUCUUCGGAAGAUGGGCUUUGGGUCUCGUUGGAUGGACUGGAUGUGGUGGUGUAUUUCUACUGCCAAAUUCUCUAUAUUAAUCAACGGGGUUCCAGCUGGUUUCUUUUCGAAUUCAAAGGGGUUGCGGCAAGGAGACCCCCUCUCUCCAUACCUUUUUGUCUUGGGUAUGGAAGUGCUUAGCACCCUUAUUAGACGGGCUGGUGAGGGGGGCUUUAUUUCAGGCUGUAGGCUGCGGGGGAGAGGGGGGGAAGAGC